UUUCACAGCCUCGCUUGUCCAUGCGGAGGCAAGAAAAAGCUUGAAGGAUAUGCAUGUGGUUGUUGUUGGAGGUGGAUAUGGUGGUGUAGCAGCAGCCAUGAAGUUGAAAGAUCAUUGUAAUCUGACGCUAAUUGACAGUAGAAACUCAUUUCAUCACAACAUGGGUGCACAACGAUCUUCUGUUGAACCAGGUAGGCCAAUAUUGUUAUGCAUCGUUAUGUCAACAAUCUAAUAAUUUACAGUAUCUAGAUUUCAGUAUAUCCCUUAUGAAAAAUCCCUACAGGAAAUCCCAUAUUCUUACUGUAAAAUUUCUUAUGGGAAAUUCUAUAUGUAUUGGAGUACUAUAUCAGAUAAUAAAACACGGCAGCCAAAGUAAAAUGUAGCCUAGCUGGACCACUGUUUUACAUCUGAAAAAGGGUAAAAGCACAAACUGUGAGUGUUUUAAAUGGCUUAAAAAUGACCCAAUCAUAAUAAAGGGUUUUACAUGAUUUUUUAUCACAUAUAAAAUAUCAGAUACUGUAACUUGUAAAGUGACCACUAGGCUCUAAUAUGGCCUCAAAUGUCCCUCAAGUUCCCUCUUUCACAAGGCUGUCCCAAGUAUGGUAUAAUCUCCUGAAGGGGGGGGGGGUCAUAUUCCCAUUUCCCAGCCCAAAUUUUGACUAAAUCCCAUUGUCCCAGAGCACAAAUCCCAUCAUCUCAGUGGCUGUCCUGCUCAAAUCUUAAUCCCAUUCCCAUUUUCUAUUGUUUUUUUGCCGAUGAAUCCCAGUCCCAGUGGAUGAAAUCCCAUUUUCCCACCUGUAGACUUGGUUCAAGUCCGUCUCAGGAGAAAAGUAGACUUGGUUCAAGUCCGUCUCAGGAGAAAAGUAGCGAGAGACGGACUUCGGGCAUUCGCAGCAUUUCGAAUGUUACUUGCAAAAAUUGGCGCGAAAGUUUGUUGUUGUUGUUCUCAACUGGCAAGCUACGCCUCCGUAGGAAAAAUUCGACGGUAAAUUUUGGUGCGCUUGCAGGGUAUCCAAGUCCAUCUCCCUACUUUUCUCUCAUAUUUUCGCACCUUUUUUGACCGUUUGCGUGCAUCGCUAUUUUCAACCCCUUGAGAGACGGACUUGAACCAAGUCUACAAAAAUGUUAACACUUUUAUUCUGUAAUGUUUUGACUAGUGACUACAUACCGAUUCACCGAAGUUUAUUGUAAUAUGGUAUGUUACUUUUAUACUUUAGGUUUCGCCAAGAAAUGCUUUAUUUCCUAUGAACCAACAUUUGGCAAAGGAUUCAAACAAGGUGCUGUGAACGCCAUCAUGGCUCAAGAGAAGAAAGUCCAGUUGGUUGGAGGAGAAACUGUCCCAUACGAUUUCUUGAUUAUUGCAACGGGAACCGGAGGACCUUUUCCUUGCAAGCUUGGCAUGAAUGUGAACGAGAAAGAGGGCUUGGCUUUUUAUGAUGAGAUAUCUCAACAGGUUUGUUUUGUUUACUAGUAAUACUUAUCGUUUAAAAAUGAAAAAUUAUUUACUAAUUAAAAAUUAAUUGCUGUGUUAUUUACUUUCAACUUAAGAUAUUUAUGUCAGAAAAUAUGCUGUUAUCUUUAUCUCAUUACUCAAUGGGUUAACUGGACACAUAGGCAGUAUAGGCUAGUUAACCCAUUAAGCAUCAGCGUUCUUCCAAUGACGAUCGAGUAAAAUUGUCUGGCGUUAGACAGAGUAAAAUUUGCCCCCACCCAAUGUGUAUACACCCAUAAAAAAAUGCUUAUAUUACGAACGCGAAUAUAAGCCCAGGGCUUAUGUGACCUUACAGGAUUUUGGUAUACCACAGUUAAGAAAAGUACUCGACUAAAUUAUCCUACAGUUAAUAACAGAUAUGUAUUUUUCUGUAGGUGAAAGCGGCUCAAAAGAUUGUCGUAAUUGGUGGUGGCGCAGCCGGCGUCGAAUUAUCAGGAGAUAUCAGAGACGAUUAUAAAACAAAAGAUGUCACUCUCAUUCAUCCCCGCGAGAUUCUUGUCAAUGAUAAGGUCAACGAAUCGUUUCAGAAAACGGUUAAAGAUCGCUUGGAGUAUCUUGGAGUCAAAACAGUCUUGGGUAACUGGAUAAAUUAUCUUGAACUGUCUUUGUCAGUGUAGGUAGGGCGUAAAAAAAUACCUGUGGUUCCGGUUCCAUUUCGCGAAAAAAUUAGGGUCGGUAGGUCGGAAAUAAUUUUUUUUCAUGGUUUUUUCAAUAAUUAGCCUUUCUCACGCCGCCAUUUUUGGGUGGCAUUUCAGCCGAAGUCUGCGAGACAAGUCCACAUAACAGCGACUUUUUAUAAUUUUUGGGCGAAUGAUGGUAAAUUCGCUUUGUAAAUGGUUAGUUUAUUUCAGUUGAAAAAUUGCUUUUCACAUUGUUUUAAUUGUCCGCAUUGGUUAACGAGAAUGAUUAUAUUAUGAUCUAUAAUCAUGAUCUAUAAUCUAUGUUUGAAUGCCACCCAAAAAUGGCGGGUAUUCGUCAUCGUGAGAACGGCUAAUUAGUGUGACAACCAUUGAACUAUAUAUACUACCUGUAGUUCAAUGGUGACAACAGACGCCAUUUUGGCAGCAACCCGCAACCACCCGCAGAAAAUAGGGUCGCACGGUCAAUCGCGUUGGAAAAAUAAUAGGGUCGGCCGAAAAAAAUAGGGUCGGUCGGUGCCAAUCAAAUGAACAAGCUUUCGUUGGUAGGGAUGCAACUACCUGAAAAAACUGAAUAUAAAGAGAAUUUCGACGUUUUGAGUGAAAAAAGAAAUUUUUUUUGAAAGAAAAAAAUGUAAAUUUUUUUGAAAAUUUUUGUGAAAAUUUUUUUGUGAAAUUUUUUUUUGUGAAUUUCGACGUUUUAAGGCCCUUCGUCUGGAGUUACUAGCUAGACUAUAAGUAAAGGUGAACUUUGACGUUUCGAGCGAAGGCCCUUUGUACGAAACGCUCGAAACGUACGUGGAAAUUCUCCUUAUAUUUUUCAGGUAGUUGGUUAAAUUAUACUUUGCUAUUAAACUCGAACGAUCUGUGCCAGAGUAGGUAGUGACUAGAAGAUAAUGAAACAAGUAAGGAAUAAGGUGAGAAUUAAAGUUUGGCAAGGACAGAUAUAACUAUAAACAUAAGAAAAAACGUUCAUUUAUUCGAUGGGCAUAGCCAUAGGCCGGGGUAGACAGUCCCAAAUUUCAUGUUUUUUUGCGACGAUCAUUGCUAUGAGAAAUGGGACAGAGGGCUCGAAUUUCCAUGUCUGAAACACUGUGAUUGCCACUAUUAAAAUGUCUGGCAACAGGUUGGUUGGCAUCGUUACCAAUGACAGCACGCCAAUGUUCACCAAACCUAGCCUGUGUUCCAGUCCACUACACCGUUGUGUGUAGCUACUAGAGCACAGGCUACACCAAACCUUGUCCUCAAAUGUCUGCCAGUUUCCCCGAUACAAAGCAUGAUGUAUUUUCCCCGAUACAAAGCAUAUGGUAUAAAUGAACGUUUUUAUAUGUAAUAGACGUAUGGUUUCGAAUGCAAUUUGGGAAAAAUAUUCACGAGUGAGUUUUUCAAAGACGAUCAAUUGAACUCUUUGAAAACUCACGAGUGUAUGGGUAAAUUUCUAAAUUCCACGAGAAACCGUACUGUUACUUAAUAAUAUACUUGAAAAAUUUUGCAGUCAUGUCCAUGAGUGGGUCACAUUCGCCUUCGGCUCAGUGAAUAUAGGCUUGUAAUCACCUCGCCUUCGGCGACUAAUUGUUAAGUGGUGAUUGCCUUGUUGAGCUCAGAUCCAAUGAAGUAUUUUUUAUUUAAUUUGUUCAAUAUCUUUUCCCUUUGAGCAAUUAGAUUCGUAGGAAACUGAACGUUCUUGAAAGUUGUAGUGUUUGACUAGAGCAUGCAAAAAAUUCGAAAGCAUUUAAAGUCCUUGAAUUUUUUUACUCGAAGAAGUGCUUGAACGUCUGGGAAUUUAAGUGACUUUUUCAUAUAGGUGAGCGUGUGAGCAAUAUGGAUGAAUUGCGUGCAAAGAAUUUCAAAAAUGUUGUCGUGAAAACAAACAAGGGGAAGAAAAUUGAAGCAGAUUUGGCCAUUCCUUGCACUGGUUUGAAAGUCAACUAUGAUGCAUAUAAAACAAGUUUAGGUAUGUUGACUGUAGGAGUAUAGGGUUCGAUUGACCCGCAUAUGGCGUAGUCAGAGUCUAAACUUUCGGAGGGGGGGGGGGGGGCAAAAUUUCUAUGUCAUUUGGAAUGGGAGCGCCAAAGGUGCGAGGGAUUUAGGGGGGGGGAUCAGGGCCGUAGCUAGAAACGAUAAUUGUGGGGGGGUGUAUAUUCAAGGCCAGUCCUUUUGCCCAUUGGGGCAUAGAUUGGAUCAUACAUUUUACAAUAUGAUAUGAGACAUCGCCAUUUUGCCAGUUCAAUGAAUAAAAAUGGCAAGCUAAAAUUUAUUUCAUCUACCAAAAAUAUUUAGACUUGCAGGCCAUAUUUCUCUACUUCGAGCCCUGGUCUGGUCUAAAAUUGUAUAUAAAUUUUCGCUUGAAAUUACCAUCUACUAAAAAUCCAUCAACAGAUUCUAUUUCGUUUCGCAGCUGGAAAAACGAACAAUGAGGGUCGACUAAAGGUGGAUCAAUUUCUCCAAGUGGAAGGCGUGAAAGAUGUGUACGCUAUUGGUGAUUGUUCGAGUACACCUGAACUAAAAGUGGCCACUGGAGCCCAGGCCCAUGGGGAGCAUGUCGCGGCAAAUAUCAAGCUGUUAGCUGAGGGAAAAGAGCCGAAGCCGUACACGAUUAACGGUGAAUAUAUAUUCUUAGUAUAAUUUCAGUUUUGAAAAAUGGCCUUUGAACAUUCUGAUCAGUGCCUCCCUCAGCAGUAACUCUGAGGCAAUAUAGUUACUGCUCAGACUGCUACGGAAGUAAAUUAUUUAUGCAAAUUAUAUUCAUAAAAUAAACAUGUGUUUUAGUUGUAUUUAUAAAGUAAAACUUUUUCAAUACUGAAAUUAUACUAAAACAAUUAGUCGCUUCAGGCUAGGUGAUUACAAGCCUAUAUUCACUUCGCCGUCCGCACAGGGAAUAUAGGUUGGUAAUCACCUCGCCUUAAAUAUUGUAAUGUGGUUGAUUGUAGUCACCAUUCGCCUCCUGAAAUAUCGGAAAGUGGUCAAGAUAGUGACUCUGAUUGAUUUACACAUUGUAUUAUUGACAUAUGACUGUUGACAUUGUAGUAUUUAGUCUUCAAUAUGACAAUAGUUUUUUUUAUUACCCAACCCUUGAGUUGUUUUGUUUUUCAUUUACCCAACCUUUUACUCACUCAAAAUUUUGUCUACCCAGCCCUUUUCUCUUCGGUGCCAUUUCCCCCAUGAAUAAUGACCGGCCCCUUAUAAAAGGUUGAAAUUUAUUCCAAUUUUUUGUUUCCAGAAAAAAUCAGCAUGUGUUUAUCAAUCGGUCGCAGUGGAGGUGCUGUACAGAUGGGGAAUGGUUGGGUCAUGGGUGACUGGUUUGCUCGCUUCAUCAAGGGCAAGGAUGUAUUCACUGGAAUGACAUGGAAAGCAAUGAAUAGAAAAAUGCCUCCCGAUCAGUAACUUUUGCCGUCAGGUUUUAAUUAUGUUAUAUACAUGUAUGUUUGCAUAUUUUGAUGUCAUUAAAGUAUUUGAUUAUUUUCUGGGG